CAAAGACGGCGUUCCUAGUGGAGAGAAUGUCGAUGCCAUUGACAACCCGCCAUCCAAGAGAUUGACAGGUUGCCAGAUCAAUUGCAGUACAGCAAUUUCGGCGUAAGGCGGGUCAAUAGGCGAGAUUGACAGUGGAUACACCAAUCGUAAUGCAGGUUUUACAGAGCCCAGCGCUUCGGCCAAUCAGGGACCCGGGAUGUGUGUAGGGUGUGGCUAUUCGCAUUCUCAAUCAGAACCGCGUGCGACUAUUUGGGGGCGUGGCCUAUUUGGGCGGGGACUAUCGGCAUAGGGACCAAUCGUAAGUCGAGGAGGAUAUAAUUGAUGGAUCUCAAGGCCUCGUCUGCGGGGCUUCAAGAUCGCCCUGAGCUCGGAGGCAAACGGAAGAGACUUGAGUGGCACCUAAAGGGCGUGCCUGCCUUAGCCCUGCCCCCUCAGAAUCGUGCCCAAUAGCGAGAGUCCAAGAGGAAGGAGCACAGUUUUUCUCAGGGGGCGGGGCCUUCCCUGCGCGCUGGGCGGGGCCUCGCGGGGCGGGGCGGGGCCUGUGUGGCGGCCAGGGGACCAUGUCUGCGCCGCCCGCGCUGCAGAUCCGGGAGGCGAACGCGCACCUGGCGGCCGUGCACCGGCGCGCCGCGGAGCUGGAGACGCGGCUGCUGGCGGCGGAGCGCACGGUCCGCGCGCAGGCCGAGCGCCUGGCCCGCCACGACCAGCAGCUGCGCGCCGCCCUGGACGAGCUGGGCCGCGUCAAGGACCGGGAGAUUUCCGCCCUCCAGGAGCAGCUGCUGAGCUCGGAGGCCACUGUCCGCAGUCUGCAGUCUGCAGUGGACCAGAGGGACCAGUUGAUCCAGCAGCUGCAGCCCCAGGCUGACCUGCUGCAAGACAUCGCUCGCCGUCGACCACCCCUGGCUGCGCUGCUGGCCGCCCUGGAGGAGGCUGAGCGACUGGGCCCCUCGCCAGCCAGCAGCCAGGGCCAGCUGCUUCCCGAUGGGCCCGGCCCACCCCUGGGCAACAGCACUGGGGAGGGCCAGGAUGACCUGCAGCCUGCCGUCUUUGGGACCACAGUAUGAGCUGCCCUGGCGGAUCAGAUCUCAGAAUGUGUGGCCAAAGCCCAGAGCCCCAGGUGUCACCUGAAGGGUCCUGGGAUAUUAUUGGGAUCUCAUAAACAUUGGAACAAGUGAAAAGCCAAGAUCCCAUUUAAAACAGUUCCACCUCCCUCCCCCAGCACUUGGGGCAUCUGCUACAUUCAGUUGAUUUUAAAUAAUUCAAAAAUAAACAAAGGCUGAGGCAGUGGCUUAGUAGUGGAGCCCCCCGCCCAGCAUGCAGACAUGCUGGCAAACUGACAGAGGGACAGGACACCCGACAUCCCAGCACCAGUAAAUUAACAGCAGCUUGACUCCGAAGCCAUGCUGUUUCCUGUUGGAGACACAGUUCCACAUAGCCCAGGCUGGCCCCUAACUUGCUGAGGGUGACCUUGAGCCCUGCUGGGAUGACAGGCACCCAACACCAGGCCCUAUCUUUUUUUUUUUUUUUUUGCUGUGAGAUGGGGUCUCUCUCGACAGCCCAGACUUCUCUGGAACCCAGAGUCCUCCCAAGUGCUUUGAAUACAAGUGCAAGUCACAUGCCCAGGUGACAUGAGUCCUGACCCAUCACCACUCAUCCUGAGGCAGAAUCUCCUCUGUUGCUUCUGUGUAGGAAGACAAAUCAUGAAUCCAGGAUCCAUUUCCCUUGCGUCCAUUCCCUCUGACACCACAGUCCAAGCCUCAGCCUUCCCCCAUGACACUCAGGUUUCUCUCCAAUGUCCCUUUCAGAGGGGCCUUCUGACCAGCGUCCCUGUAGUAAUUACUACAGCCUGGUUGCUGCCCUCCACUGUGAUUGCUUUUUUUUUUUUAAGGCAAUUUUGUGUAGCCCAGGCUGGCCUCUGAACUUCUAUCUUCAUCAGUGCCUGCCACAGCUGAUGAGGCCCCCAACAGCCAGGAGCCUCCUGGACAUCUGAUGAGCCCUUGCCCUGUUCCCAGGGACAAUGGUGUUUUUGUAGCAAGUCUUCUUUUGAUACCCUGAGAGGAUCUAUUUUGUAACUCUGGUUUCGGUGCUGUCCCGGGCCUGCGAUGGUGAGGGUGUGUUGUUUUCGUCAGAGCAGCAGAAGAGUCCUCACACGCCCCUGCAGCCAGAGUGCAACCAGCGCUUGGUCUGUUGAGUUUCAUGGUCCUGGUGCUCAGAGAAUUGUCCUGGAACAGCCACCAAGUGUGUGUGUGUGGGGGGGAGAUAGGGGCUGCUCCAUCCAGCUGGUCUCUGAAUCCUGCAUGGUGCUGACUUCCUGCCUGGGACCCUCAAUAGAGGAAACAGAGGGGAAAAGGGAGUCAUUUGUACAGGGGAGAAGCACCAGAAUAAACCAGUUAUUUCUAAGCCUGGGCUGUCCUUCCUGUGGGGACUGGGGUUGGAGUCAG